AUGGCGGUCGCUAAGGACCCGAUCGGCACCAUUGCGCAGAUUGCCAACGAAACGCAGCUAUUUUCUGAGAAGGGAGCUGGAUCAACAACCGAAGCAACAUCGAACCCUGAUAUUGAAGCCGCCCCAAAGGACGCGGCUCUUGAAAAACGGAUAAUGCGAAAGAUUGACCUCUGGCUUGUUGGCUUUUACUCUCUCGUUUACGUCUUCCGGGUUAUUGACAGCGCAAACUAUUCGAACGCCGCCAUCAUCAACCUAGAGGCCGGUACAGGCAUCAAGAAACAGCUCCACUUCACGCCUUCGCAGUGGGCAUGGACGCUUUCCAUCUUCUCUUACAGCUAUCUUAUCUUCGAGCCUACCAAUACGGUACUUUUAAAGCUGUUCAAGCCGUCAAGAUGGAUGUUCAUCCUGAUCAUGGCGUGGGGCAUAUCGGCGUGUUGCUCCGCAGCAGCAACAAACUUCUCAGGCAUGAUGUGCACCUGA